AGGAGCUCCAGGUGGAGUUGGCGCGCUACUGGAGUACAGAGAACAGUGGCCCGUGCAGACAAAGAAAAAGGCUGCCUUGCACUUGCCUGGAUGAACCCGUACUGGUCCCAGACUCAGCGCAGCAGCCCGUCAUGGGGGACGGCGGCGCGUCCUCGCCGGUGAACUUCCAGAAUGGCUCCGGGAGCGGCGCGUCCGACGCACCGGGCUCCAACACGGCCGCGUCCGAGCAGUGGAUGGCGGGGAUGAGCCUGGUGAUGGGUGUGAUCGUCUUGUUUAUCGUACUUGGGAAUAUUCUGGUGAUAGUAGCUAUAGCCAGGACGCAGAGGCUUCAGACGAUCACUAAUGUGUUCAUUGUGUCUCUGGCGAGCGCGGACCUCAUCAUGGGGCUACUAGUGGUGCCGUUUGGUGCCGCGCUCGAGGUGCGCGGCUCCUGGCAGUACGGCACCUUUUUCUGUGAGUUCUGGAUCUCAGUGGAUGUCCUCUGCGUCACCGCCAGCAUCGAGACCCUGUGCGUUAUUGCCAUUGACAGAUAUGUGGCCAUCACGUCGCCUUUCCGCUAUCAAAGCUUAUUAACCAAAGCUCGCGCCAAAGCGGUGGUGUGCAUAGUCUGGGCAAUCUCUGCGCUCGUGUCCUUCCUCCCCAUCCUCAUGCACUGGUCCCGGGACAGCGUGGACACAACUUGCUACGAUGACCCUGAAUGUUGCGACUUUGUCACAAACAGAGCUUAUGCCAUCUCUUCAUCCAUCAUAUCCUUUUACAUUCCUCUUCUGGUCAUGAUUUUUGUUUACGCCAGAGUGUACAGAGAGGCGAAAAAGCAGCUGAGGAAGAUCGACAAGUGCGAGGGCAGGUUUCACAACACAUUAACUGGCCUGACCUCCAAGUGCAAGAAGAGGCCGUCUAAGAUCCUCGCACUGAGGGAGCAGAAGGCUCUAAAAACACUGGGCAUCAUCAUGGGGACGUUUACACUAUGCUGGCUGCCUUUCUUUAUUGUCAACGUGGUGCGGGUGUUUAACGCAGACGUGGUGGACAAGGACCUUUUCGUGUUUCUGAACUGGCUGGGGUACGUGAAUUCUGCUUUUAACCCCAUCAUUUACUGUCGGAGCCCGGAUUUCAGGAAGGCUUUCAAGAGGUUGCUGUGCUGCCCGAGGCAGGCCGACCGCAGGCUGCACAUCAGCUCCUGCGACCUGUCCCGAUGCUCCGGAGGGUUCGUCGCGGCUCUGGAUCCUGGCACACUGGGGAUGUGGUCGGAUUGUGGAGCCUUGGAUAACAGUGACAGCAGCCUAGUGGGGGGUGUAAAGCUGUCACACUCUGAAUCUCAGCUGUGAAUUUAAAACAAUUGAACUUUUGGUAGGAUCAUGACAAACUGUGACUGUAAUGGGCGUUUUCUCUUUGAGCAUGGAUGUCUUUUUGGGAAAGGUUUGCGCACGAACUUGUUGUAUACUUGAGCCUAUUUUAUGUAUUUAAUGUAUUUAAAAGCCAUAUUUAAAACGAAGAUCGGGGCGAUAUCAACAAAGCUCUGAAAGUUUAUGAGAUUAUGUAAUCUGCCCACAAACUGCGACCCCUAAAUCUUAUUAUAGGCUGAUUGAAUGAAUAAAAAUAGACGCAGGUACUAAAAACAGGACUUUUUGUUUUGUUGAAUCUGAAAUCUGAUGCUGCAUUUACUAGAUAAUCAAUAUGAAGGAAUGGGGUUUGUAUCCCCAUCCUUUGAAUUAACCCACAGGGGGCAAUUCCCCCCCGGCGCACUAUAACAAAUAUUUAUGAAUAAGCUUUGGACAGGCGCGAGGCAUUUGACUGUACUCCUGUAGUGCUCACAAUGUGUUUCACCGUUUUACCUCACGGCCAUCGACAAGUGCAAUUUGUACGGCAGGUAUUUGUUUAUAUUAAACAUUAAUGUAAAUAAAAAAAGAAGUGUAUUUAUUCCACUCUGUCCUUUUACAACUAAGUGAUUGAACGUGGGACUGAUUCCCACGCUCUUUGUACAUAUUAGAUUAAGUGGUGUUUAGUACUGAAGUGAGGAAUUUGAGCCUCUCUCUUUGUCUUUCUCAUUUAAGCUUUACAUGCUGUUGUCAGGUGGUGUGUUUACUCCUGUGAAAUAAAAGGACGUUCCAUUGUUAA